AGUCAAGGUUGUAAUAAUGUGUGUAUACGUGUGUGUAUACAUUACAUAAUGGUGAAACAUCUUUCUUGCUUUCUGAAAUUGGCUGCUUUCUGGGUCACUUUAAGAUAGAGAAGUGAAAGGUGCAUGGUGACUUGGUGAGAAAACUGAAACUUUGACAAAAGCAAAUACAUUUUUCUACAAACAAGAAGAAAAGAGCUUGGAGAUUUAUCUGAGCUUGGAAAUACAACAAAGGAAAAGACAGAAAGUGGACGUCAGAUUCAACCGUAGGGCUGACUCUCUGGCUGCCUCUCAUCCCUAAGAAGAUAAGAGAGGGUGCAGGAUAAGUUGAAGGGUCUUGUAGCUACUUCAGAAUAACAAGAAGUAGGAGAUGAUGAUGGUGAAAGGAAUGAUGAUAAGCCCAGAAGAACAGUCACUUAUAGAAGAAAACAUGUCAAAUUUAACUUCUGCUUCUGGUGAUCAAACAAGUGUUUCUUCUGGAGGUAACCACUACUUUGUUCAUCCUGCAAGUAGGGACCUGCAGCCUCAAGAACCACCAAAGAAAAAGAGAAAUUUACCAGGAAACCCAGACCCUGAUGCAGAAGUGAUAGCUUUGUCACCACAUACACUAAUGGCAACCAAUAGAUUUGUGUGUGAGAUAUGCAACAAAGGGUUCCAGAGAGAUCAGAAUCUGCAGUUACACAGAAGAGGGCAUAACUUGCCAUGGAAGCUAAAGCAAAGGAACAGCAAAGAAGUGGUGAGGAAGAAAGUGUAUGUGUGUCCAGAAGCAAGCUGUGUUCACCACGACCCAUCAAGGGCUCUUGGGGAUCUCACAGGAAUCAAGAAGCACUUUUGCAGAAAACAUGGAGAGAAGAAAUGGAAAUGUGAGAAAUGCACAAAAUGUUAUGCAGUUCAAUCAGAUUGGAAAGCUCAUUCCAAGAUUUGUGGCACUAGAGAGUAUAGAUGUGACUGUGGUACUCUCUUCUCUAGGAGGGAUAGUUUUAUAACUCAUAGAGCCUUCUGUGAUGCUCUAGCAGAAGAAAGUGCAAAGUCCAUUGCUCAUCCACUUCUUAAAGUUCAACCACAUUCUUUCAACACCAAUCUCUUGACUUCUUACAAUCAUCCCCAUGCACAGUCCAUGAAACAAGAGCAGCAAAGUUUCAGUACAAGUACUCCAAUGAACCAGCUUGGAGUAGGACCAGUACCACUAGCUAAUCAUCAUUAUGGUGGUAAUCCAAACCCUAACCCUAGCCCAUCUGAUCAUAAUCAACUAGGUGGGCCAGUGCAUUUUCUUGCUGGGCCUGGACUGAUGAACCCAACAACAACAGGAGGCAACUCCCCACACAUGUCUGCAACUGCAUUGCUGCAGAAAGCAGCCCAGAUGGGUGCAACCAUGAGCAGCAUUAGCAGUGAUUCUACAGCCAUGAUGAUGCCCCACCACCAAGCUCACGUGACUUCCAACACAACAACUGGCUUUGGUCUGCACUUGUCCUCACGUGACCAUCACCAGCUGUCCUCUGCCUUUUUGUCUCCAUUUGGGAAUAAAGCUGCUCCACCAGCUCCUGCAGAUCAGUAUCCUCAUGUGUCUUCAGCUAAUUCCUUUCUUCAAGACAUGAUGAUGGCUCAGGGCUUUGUUGAUGACCAAGAUUAUGGAUUCACACAAGCUCCUGCUAAUCUUUUGAAUCAUAAGAAAACAGCUGCUGCUGCUAAUCAUCAGCCUAAUGAUCAAUUAGUCAGGAUUAUCAGUAAUGAUGAUGGCAUGACAAGGGAUUUUCUGGGCUUAAGGCCACUUUCUCAUGCUGAAAUUCUCAGCAUUACAGCUCUCCAGGGUGAAUGCAAUGCUCCUCCUGCUGAUGAUCAUUAAUUUAGUUUAUCAUCUUAAGCCUAAGGUACUUGAUGAACUAGCAUUCCAUAUUCUACAGGAUAUACUUUUUUGGUAUUACCAGCUCCUACAUUUUGUUAAUUUUUGGGGCCUGUUAAAUCUUAAACUUUCAGCUAGCUACUUGUCAGCAAAAACUUGAGUUAAUGAUAUAAAUGUUAGUACCUCCUUA